CGCUUUGAACAAAAUGGCGACACAUCGAUGGCUUCCUGUCAAAACGGGAGUUUACAAGAUUGAAGCGAUGGGAAAGGUUCCACCAAUAGAUAUGAAACAGAAGUAGACUCAGUCCCAUGAUGGCUAAAUCAAGGAUGCCCACCCCUCAGCUGCUGAAGCCAAGGCCAGUGUUACAACAGAUUGCUGACAGUGAGGAGAGGUUGUGGACACGCCUAGAUCUGACGGACAGUAACGACCUCAACCUCCACUCACCUGAUGCAGGUAGCCGACUUCUCAGACAUGGGAAAACUAUCAAGACUAUACACAGAUACUUCGGUGAUCUGGAACAGAGGAAAUGCUGCCUAUCUUUGACGGGAUGUAAGAGCAAGUUCAACCAAGUCAGACUGGUUCGGAAUGAUGGCAGAGACUCUGGCAUAGAAGAAGGUGCUAUGAUGAAGACCAACACAGACAACAGCACUAGGGUGAAUGAAUUAGAUGAAACAGAGCUGAGGGUGUUCCGGUUUGCCUAUGUGUGUGCCUCCCUACCUGUACUUGGCGCUCCUGAGCCACCGUCAGCUCUUUCACCGUCUCCAGUCUUCACACCUGUCGACACAAACAAAAAAUUUACCUUCAGUGGUAGGAUCCGCAGUCCGACCCCCCAUGACAGUGGCGUGGAUGAACAAGACGAUACAUCUGUUGUACCAGCGGAGACACUACGGGAGCUUCUGAUGAGAACCUUCCGUCUGGUCCCCGAGAAAUUCCACCAAUACGAACAAAAGAUUGCUCAAUACUACGGCAACAAACAGGCAGAAAAGAUUUUGGCAGAAGAAUUAGUUGGACAGCUGGCAGCAUUAGAAAAGAACAGCAACCCUUUCUAUAGCCCGGAUACAUUCAUAAACACCCAGGGUUAUGACAAGUGGCAGAGACGAGAAUUUGCUCACAUUGCAGAUCUAAUGAAGAAAUUCUGGCACUUUUCAUACCCACCGCCCUCCACGUCUCACAUCCAAAGCUUACGUACAAUCCACGAUGAUUAUAGAACCUUGAUGGAAAAGCUCAUUAGGUACGAGUCCCCGUACCGACUUGAGGGAGAGUUAUCCGCCCCUGGUCCUACGUCUCCAUUGUCCUCGGCGUCUAUUAGACUCCUGAAGGAAUUUGGUCUCCGAUAUGGAAUACGAGAUUUGUACCGUAAGAUUGUAUACCUCUAUUACCUGUCAAAGAACUUUGAUCCGACCGUCUGGUUCAUGAAACACACCUGUGCUGUUCUCACCUGUGUGCUGGAGGCUCUUCCCAAGAAUGAUGCUUACGUGGUGCUGGUGAAAAAAGAGCAUGCCUUACUGGUGGACUGUUUAAAUGCAUUAGAGACCCAGGUUACCACCACACUUACCAAGAUGAAGGUGCUAUUUCCAAACAAUCGACCUGCAGAUGCUAUAGACAGCCUGAUCGAACUGACAUCCUGUACACUACAGGCGAAAUCCUUCCUCACCCGACAUAGAAGUGAGACACUACAGAGUUACCUCCUCAAACAGGUCCAGAAAAUUUUCCCGACAUGUUAUAAAGAACACAAGAUGGUGAUGAUUAGUGACCUUGGUUUGACCUCUCCGGAGCAGUUGUCACCAAUGUUGUUGAACAGGAUGAUCGGUCAGAUCAGAGAUGAGGUGAAGGAGUACAAGUUACACUACCAGGGAAGCUUCGAAAAGUAUUUCCCUGUAGCUCGGGAAGCUGCUCGGUCCCUCUACAAGCUGUUAAUGGAGGAUGUGACAUGGUUAUGUAAACUCCGACAAAAACAUUUUAUUACGUGGAAGAUUGACAAACUUAUGUUGGGUCUCGGGUACAGGUUGAACCAGCUCGACCAGGACUGGUCCUCUCACAUCACACCAGAGAUGCAGACUUGGAGAGAGAUGUUUUUGAAGGAGGAACUCCAUUGGACAGUAGUUAUCAAGGUCACCCUACAACACCUGGUGGUCAGAUCAAUCUCACUGGACCAGUUCCAGAUGGAGCAGUUUGAAGACCUACAGAACAGCUAUAGUAGUUCGCUGAGUUCCUUCCCUUCGUUUGAUAACAGACGACGGACCAUCUCCACCAAAUCCAUCACCCCAUCUAUCAAUAGUGCCUUUAGUGGACUUGUAUCACCGCUUCAGUCUACUCCUGUUUUAAACAAAUAUACUUCGCUGUCAUCUGAAUGUGGAACACAUUAUCCGACGAUCCAUGAGUCUCCGGUGCCAUCACAACAUUCGGGCCUCAACCAGGAACAAGAACGAGCCAGAACGGAGGCAGUCAACAUCCGGAAGUUUUCACAGAUGGAGAACAUGUGUAAUUCACACUCCAAUUAUGGUCUGCACAGCAAUGGUGUUGACACACAGUCCUUGGAAGAUUUUGUGGAUGAUUGUGGUGAUGGAAUGGUAACCUUUAGUUAUAUCAGACAAAGUAGUUCUCUCCCCGAUAUCCUCAGCAAGAGUUACGAUCACAGUCUCAGUGUCUCAAGAAGGUAUAUCAGCCAGCACCUCAGUGAUAAGGACCAAUCAGAAAUCAGAACAGUGUCACAUGACCAAAAUACAGGCCAAUCAGGAAUCAGAACAAUGUCACAUGACCAAAAUACAGUCCGAUCAGGAAUCAGAACAAUUUCACACGACCAAAAUACAGACCAAACAGGCAUAAGAACAGUGUCACCUAAUGAAAAAAAGGACCAAUCAGGAAUUAGAACAGUGUCACAUGACCAGAAUAAGAACCGGGUUGGAUCACCUAUCCAUAAAGUGUCUCCUGUUUACUUUGAUAGCCAAUCAGAUGAUAAGGAAAUGUCACAUGACAUAGUUGUCAGUGUAGAUGUCCAUCAGAAAUCCAUGAAGGACAGUGAAUUAAUUAGGGAAAAGUUGGGUAACCAUGACGACGAUGAGGACUCCAUAGCAGGAGAGUUCCACAAUGAUAGUGACAAUACAUUCACAGAUUCUGAUGAAGGGAACCUCACAGAUCACACAGAGUCUGCUGAUGAAGACUUCGCAUUCCCUCCUAUAGAGAUUGUGUCCCUGGUCAACGAAAAGUUGAAUUCUCAUACAAAUGCCACGCCUGUGCCCUCAUCACAGAAGACAGAAGACCCAAUAGCGACCAGUUACAAACAGAUGAACAAUGCCAUGGGACGGCCUGUCCUCGACAGAUUUAUAUCACGCGAUAGUGAGGACAGACACGACUCGAUGACUCCUGUAAAUUCUCUGAGCUCUCCGAUUUCUCCCUCGUCACCGUUUCCCAAAGUGAUAUCUACGUUGCCUUUGUCAAGUUCUGUGCUGGACCUUAUAGUGAUGCUGCAGCGUUUGAUUGGGUUCAGUUACACCAUCGGCCAGACCUUCUGUCAAAGUGUUUUAAGGGGUCAGACUUUCGUUAAUGAGGACCCCGCUCAGUCUUCGUUGGAGUCAGACUCAGAAGAUUUCUUUGCCAGCACAAAGAUGAGUGAAGCACGCCAGAAAUUGUACGACAACAUUUUUGAGGGUUUGUGUAAUACGCUGUGUUCGUAUGCCGAUAACAUGUUAUGUAUGGAUCUAUGUGGUACUACACUGACCGUAGCCAAGAGGCUCGUUGGACCCCAGUUAGUCUCCUACCUACAGACACAGCAGGCGGGCGGCCUCAUUUGGGGCUGUCGCCAUGACACCAACAGGAUCAAAGACUGCUUCCUGUACGUCAACAAGAAGGCCGAUUUACUGUGUGAUCGCUAUGAGCCUAUCACUAAAGAGAUGUGUACGCGGAUCAACAACAUGGCUGCCGUGGCUGACUACCUUGAGAGUUACCACAGUAAACUUGGUAAAACGUUUGAUGUCUAUAACGACUGGCAACUUAAACACAAGAGCCACACCCCAACCAGUGACCUUAACAGCUGUGACAGAGCAGAGUUUGAAGUUUUGGGAGGAUUUUCUUACAACCCUGAGGUUGACCGUCAGUAUGUCAUGGAAACUGCAUCACAGAAAACGUCUACGACCACUUCAUCACGAUCGUAUCAUUCCGUGAUCAUACAGAGUCCCACUAGUCCAUGCCACGAUCACCUUCUGGCCGUCCUCCGUGCUCUCAGUAGGAUCAUGGCUUACAGGAUUAACCUGUUUGUAUGCGAUGCUCUACAUGUACUGCUUGGUUUGAAGCAUACAAACGAUCCCAUACAAGUAUGUCUUCAGCCCCUCACACAGUUCCUCCAGAAUUACUUCGACUCCUUACAAGCGUGGCUCUACCCAGACUGCUUCAGGAGGGUCAUAGAGUGCAUCUGGAUAUUUAUAGUACAAGAUUUCGAGGAGGAAGUGGGGAGGUUAAUGUUGGGAGACGCUCAUGGAGAGACAAACGCUCGGACACUCAUACAGGCAGUCUCCCAUCUACUGACAUUCAUUAACCGCCAAGACAAGGACAUUAGAAAAGAUCUACUACUGUCACAGGCCGAGGAUGUCAUGUUCAAGUUACAACUGUUCACAGAGUCGACAUCCCAGCUGAUGAAGCUACACCAGGCUCUCAAGGCACAUUAUGCGUGGACGGACACCUCCAGUACAUGCACUGUGGACGGAGCUCUUCAGGCCACGCUACACAAAAUGAGACGGGAACUUCAGAUGUACAGCAAGUGUUUUAGUGGGAAACAGCUGACAGACUGGAUCAUGGCAAACCCAGGCCCCUUCUGUAACAUGUGGGAGGAGGUUUCAGCGGAAGACAUCAGGAACAAGCGGACUAACUGUAUCGCAGUGGCACAAUGGCUCAUGGACCAGGGACUUCUGGUCGACAUAGAAACUGAAUUAUUUGGACAGUUUGAAGGCAGUAUGGCUCAAACACACGAUUUAAGCUCCAUAGACGAAGCAUUGCUGGACUACCCUGCCCUCAGUAUUCACAGUAGUAUGCCGACAUCUGGGCGGGAAUCGGAUAUCAGUUCCCUAGGGGACACACCUACAGGAUCACCACCAGGGCCGGCCGCUAUGACAUUUGGACGGCCUACCAGAUCAAGGGACAGUACUCCUGUUCCACGGCCACGGCCGCAAAGUCAUGUACCGUUUCAGAGCCGGAGCAGAAAAGGUACGCCUUUACCACGAUUUGCAAACUUAUCUCUGUACGAUGAUCAGACAAAUUCUUUGAGUCCAACAGAAGACGAUCCUAACGAUGUCAACCUCUACGGUCUGGGAGUUCGUUGCCCUGGAGAUGACCUCCAGCUCAGUGACAGCUAUGAAGACAAUAACUAUGAAAUGCCCUCCGCAGGACUUUUCUCACCGCGUCUAGAUUCCAUGCUGGCAAGUCGACUAUUUCAGGACGGUGUUUCUCACUACUAUUACAUAACAAGUCUAAUGGACUCGAACAUUUCUCCUUCGACAACUUCCCGGAGUCACGGUGUAUCGAGUGAACUCAACACUCUAGUUGAACAGUGCUUCCAGAGGAAAAUUGUUCCUGAUUAUAUCACGACUAUCCUGUACAGUAGGAGAAAAUAUGAUUCUGUAGCCAAAGUGUUCUCCCAGAAAUUACUACAACAGCCAGAUUGUGACCUGGUUAUGAAUCAGUCGGACUCGACUUGUGUUACCAGCUAAUCUAGAACUUAAAGCUGCAGAUUUCAUUCUGGACUUAAGGUCACAUGAACAAAUAUAUGUCGACCUAAAUCAAUCUUAGCUCAAAGCUUGCUUUUUUUAAAACUUAAAAAAAAAAAAAAAAUAUUUAUUUAUGAAUUUUUGAAGUAAUGAUUGACACUUCAUACCUUCAUAAUUUUCGUUAAUUUUUAAUCGUGUUUAAAAUAAAAUAAUGCCAGGGAAAAAAAUAUACACCUUAAUAUAUAAGUGAUUAACAUGACAUCAAAUGCUCAAAAAUUGUGAUACAUUGAAAAUGUUUUCUUGUUCUCUAGUUCAAGUUCUGUUAACAAAUUGAGGUUUUGUUGGUUGAAAACGUGUUUUAGAAUUGUUAAAUUUCUUAGGCUCAAGGGACAAAGGUAUUAAGAAUGUAAAAAUGUAUUAAGGUUGAACCUCAAAGACAAGCCUCACUUUGGUUUUCAUAUGUUGGUAAUAUUAACUGUUGGCAAUUGCAAGUCAGUGAAACUUAAAAUCAUAUUCUACAUAUAUACAAGUUUCUUCCAACUUUCUAAUUGUGGAGCAAUUAUAUUUUAGCAUAGUACCAAAUUUUUAUUGCAUACCAAUAUUACUUUAUGAAUAUCUAAAUAUAGUUUAAUGAACACAAUCCUAAUUUAACACAAAGGUUCUAGCACAAAAAACACUAAAGACUGCCACUAGAUAAUGUACAUUUACAGUUAAUUUCCUCAUAAUUUCAUCAAGAUAAAUAUUUUUGAAAUUGACAGAUGUAUGAUUACCAUGUAUGACUUGUUUUCCUUAGAUGCUCAAUAUUUCAUUUGAAAUCAUACUUUUAAGAAUAUAUUUAUUUUAUUGACAUUGUAAACAAAUAUAUUUGAGUGCUAAUAUUUAACAAUCACUAUACGGACACUGAAGCAAUACGGUUUAGAAUUAUGAAUGUAUUUUUAAAUGUUUGUAAAUGUUAUUCUUUUGAAACAAUUUUUUAGUUGCAAUUUUGUUUUUAUUACAUGUUCCUACUGGUUCUUUCCUGGUCACUUUAGAGGAAAGUUAUUUUUAGAUUUUUCGUAAGUGUGGUAACAAAAGAUGAAAUGUUUAAUUAUACCAUAAUGAACGUGGACGAGUUGUACUUACAGGUGACUUACCCGAAUCAAUUAUAUCUGGCCCUGGUUUUCAUCAACAUCAAAAUUUUCCAUAAAAGCAUAACUGGAAUUCAGAAGAAUUCUUUAGUGAAGGAAGAUAAAUUUAGAUCAGUAUUAUGAUUUCAUUUGGAAAAUUUUAAUUAGGCCAAACUUACAUUUGGGGCUGCUGCAGUAAGACCUGAUAAGAAACACAUAUUAUUAAAAUCAAAUUUACAUUGGGGUUGAUUCCUUUGUUGAAGAUAUUUUUUAUUAUAUAUUUUUUGUUUUGUUGUGUUUUUGUUUCCGAAGCCCACCUUUUGCAAUGCUAUAUCAGCAUUAUCCGUAAAUAAGCCCGACCCCCCACUUUAGCCCAUUUUCAGUGCACUAGUCUGGGCUUAUCCCCAGUAAAAUACAAUAUACAUUCAUAACAUAUAUACUUACCUCUUUAUGUAUAAAUUUGUUUUUAAGGUAUGUCUAUAACGGUAGUUAAAAAAAAUGGAAUAUAGCUUAGGUCAAAGUUCAUGUCAUAAGGUAUAAUAAAAAAGAUGGAAUAUAGGGUAGGUCAAAGUUCAUGUUACUGCAAAAAAUAGCUAUGUAUAUGUAUACUGUCUAUUAAAUAUUGCACACACCAGUCUAUAGCCAGCAUGAUGCAAACUAAGACAUUUCUAAGCAUUUUGUGAAAUUAAUUUUUAAUAAUUUUUACCAGUAGAUUGUAAUAUGGUGUUUAAAUCCUUAUAUACAUGUAAAUAUUUAUUUUAUGUAUGUGAACCAAUCUGAUGUUUUCGAUUUUUUUUUACGGCUAGAAGCAGUGACGAUAAGACUGUAUUUUUCUUUUUUGUUUUUAUUUGUAUUCGGCAUUUGUGUGUAAACCAGGAAACAGAUAACAAUGUAUAAUCCACAUUUUUCUACAUUGUUGUAAAAAAAUUCACAGAUAGUCUGUAAAAGUCAUUUCCAAAUGUUUACAGUAUUAUAUACUCUUAACAUUAACACUGUAAUGUGUUAAAUAUGGCAAAAUGACAAUUCAAGUUAAAUAGCCGGUUUUAUUAUUAUUCUAUUUCAGUUCUCAUAGUUUUAUAUUAUACAUUCCCAGUUACCUGGUAUAUUCAAAUUAACCAUAUUCUAUUGCACAAGGGUACUUACAAAUUAUACUAAGGGGAGACAAUCCUACCUACCUACUCAGAGCCCAACUUGAUUUGAACUAUUCUCAGAAGAGAAGCCUUCUAAAAAGAUCUCAUUCCGUUAGAUGUAAAUCGAGUAAACCGGGAGACUAUAACCCAAAAUAAACAAGUUUUUAAGUUUUCUCAAACACUAUGAUACAAACACA